ACCCCUCGGUAAGAAUCAUAUGAAACAAACAUAGCACAAGGCAUUGUCACCCAUUCCCCCAAUUGAACAAACCCUAACCCUAAUUCUCACAGUUCACCAUGUCCAAUCCACCCGAGAAUCCCGACUCCGGUCCAUUCAACCUCGGCGACUACAUAACUCGGAAGGAGCUCCUGACUCGGCGCGCCCGAAUGUUCCGCGAACUCGCCAACAUCUACAAGGAAGAGUACUGGGCUUUAAUGGAGGAGAUCAAGGAUAAGUACGCCGAGUUCUGCUGGGAGCACGGUAAGGCCACGAUCGACGACAGCGACGAGGACGUUGAAACUGACAAGAAUGCGGAGCGCGAAAAUGUCGCUGUUGCUGAUGGUGCUGAGAAAAAGGCGGGAAAAGCUGUGGUGGUGACGGGGUCUGGUAAUCGGUGUGAGGGUUAUGGAUGCGAGAGGAAGGCGAUGGAGCUUACACGGUAUUGUUUUGAUCAUAUUUUGCUGGAUGAGAGGCAGGUGUUGUAUAAGGGCUGCAAGUAUUUUCUUAGGGGUUCACCGGUAGGACCAAUACUUUGUAAUAAGCCGAUACUGAGCGCCACUGUUCCAUCUCUCUGCACUGCUCAUAAGCAGAGAACUGAGAAACAUGUCGCCAAGGCCCUCAAGAAGGCUGGCCUUAGUAGCCAUUCUGCCAGCAGGUCUGCUCCCCAGUUCCAUGUCAUGGUUGCAGAAUUUGUCAACCAGAUUCAAGCAAAAAGGCGUGCAGCUCGGGAAGUGAAGAAGGAUCCCUGUGAAAUGAACAUGGAAGAUGAUACCACAGUGCACAUUGACUAGGGUAGAAGAUUCAGAAUUGGGAAAUUACGAAUCUUCUACCAGUAAGGGCACCUUUGAUCUGGUCGAUUUCACAAAUUAUGAAGACAUGAAAUAUGCUGCAAGCUGCUGAUCUAUUUGAUAUGUUAGCAAGUUUGACCGCUGUCCACCAAGAAGCCGAAGGAGGAGCCGGAGUUGGAUUAGAAGCUUAAGAAGGGAUGGGAGCAAAUCUCUGGAUCGGUCCGUCUCAAGGUCACCCAUUAAGUCGAUAUCUGCAUCUCCGGUCAAAUUGACCAGGGCGUAUCUCCUGUCAAAUCAACCAGGGCAGCAUCUCCUGUCAAGUCAUCCAGGCCUAGGUCAAGAUCCUUAUCUGCGUCCCCAAAUCAGGUGCGAUCAGGAAGUGCAAGGACAAGUACUGGGUUUUAAUGGAGGACCUCAAGAAUCACUAUUUGUGUAUUACUGGGAUAACAGUAAGAGUCCUUUUCUCCAAAGACAACAGCAGGGAAGUUGAUAAUAAUGGUAAUAAUGGUGACGAAAUGGUGACACCUGAAUUUUAGUAAUCAUUGUGCUGUUCAAGGAUGCAAAAUAAAAGCGAUGGAGUUUAUCUGGAAUUGAAGUAUGCAUAUUUUGAGCACUGUUUAUACGGCGUUUGGCGAUAAGGCGGUAAAGAAGUCCAUGGCGUCCUCCUCGUCAGUCUACUUAUAUGGCGCGCGGUUUGGCGUCCAUAUGGCGUUUAAGACCGCCAUGGCGCCAGGCCCAGCCCAAAAAUUAUAAAUAAAAAGUGGCCCAAUAGCCCCAUACUCUUAUACUCCCUCCGUCCCUCUCAAUUCUUAACAUUGGGGGAUGGGGGCGUGACACAGACUUUAAUGCUCAUAUAAAGUAUAGUUCUGUAACUUUUUUUAAAAUUUAUAUUUUUCCGAAUAAAAGUUUGAUGUUUAAAUUUUUAUUCAGAAAAAGAAAAUCUUAGAAAAAGGUUAUAGAACUAUGUUUUAUAAACGCAUUAAAAUGCGUGUCGAGCAGUGAAAAAGAAAUGUUAAGAAAUGAAAGGGAUAGAGGGAGUAUGUUAUAACCUAUAACCUAAAUACUAAAACUGAAGUCUCCCCCAUGUGAUUACGACUAAAGCAUUUCACCAGUUCACAGGCAGGACCGUUACUUUGCAAUAAGCCUAUACUGAGAGCUGCUGUUCCAUUUCUCUGCACUCAUAUGCAGAACUCUGAGAAACAUGUCGACCUGGCCCUGAAGAAGGCUGGCCUUAGUGGCCAUUUCACCGUUACUUAGCAAUAAGCCAAUACUGAGAGCCUCUGUUUCAUCUCUCUGCACUCAUAUGCAGAAAGCCGAGAAGCAUGUCGUCCUGGCCCUGAGAAGGCUGGCCUUAGUGGCCAUUCUACCAGCAAAGUUUAUGCACCAGUUCCAUUAGUUGGAGAAUACUAAACCAGAUUCGAGCAAAAGAGAAGAGCAGCUCAGGAAGUGAAAGAGGAUCCCUCUGAAGUGAACAAGGAAAGUAGGGUAGAAGAUUCGGUAUAGUUGACGGUUUCUUUGACUCCGCUCAUGGUUGCAAUGCAGUCUCCGGGACAUGAAACUAGGCUUUUAGAGGUAACGCUGAUAGAUCAACCUGAAGUUUUGUUUCCAAAUUUAGCUGAGUGGAAUAUACUCUUAUAUGCAAAAUAUCUGUUCUAAAACUUCUCGGGUGAGUGAAAGUUGACUGGAGUGUCGCGGAACAACAUAGGAUAAACACACCACUUGGGCUGUCCAUUCACACUCUUACUGUUACUAGUUGUACUUGAAUAUAUGAUAAUUGGUUAAAUGUGCAGCAAUGCUGUGCCUAGAACUCCCUGUUACUAGUUGUACUUGAAUAUAUGAUAAUUGGUCAAAUGUGCAGCAAUGCUGUGCCUAGAACUCCACAAGGACCCAUAUGAGGGGCAUCUUGGCAUGCAUGAUGCAACCCAACUUAUCAACUAGUGGACAUAACCUGUACAAAGUAAAUUGGUCAUGUAUGAUCAACUUUUAAAGACCUCAGCGGUCAAAAGUUUGAUUUGAAUUCACAUA